AUGGCUGUAACAAUAUUAAAUUAUUUAAUAUUUUCUAAUCCAAAGAAUGAAGAUGCAAGAGAAUUAUUAGCUAAAACAUAUGAACAAUUAAGUUAUACACAAGAAUGUCUUGUUUGGAAAUAUAGUUAUGAAACAGCUGCUUUAGAAUUGAGAGAACAUCAAUUUAAUGAAAUAUUAAAUAAUUGUCCUUUAUAUCAAUUACUUCCAUUACAAACUUUUUGUGAUCUUCUUUCAAUUUCUGUUAAUCCACAAUUAAUUAAUGGAAUAGAUACAUCAAUUAAUAUUGAUAUUUUUGAUACAAAUGAAAGUAUAAUAUUAGUUAUUAGUAAUUGUGUACUUCAUACAAGAUUAUUUUCUUCUAAUUCAUUUGGUUUUCUAAAAACAAAACAUGAAUUUCUUAUCAAAUUAUUUACAAAAGAAGUUAAAUUAAAUCAAUUAAUUAAAGAAAAGAAAGUUGAAACAGAUUCAAUAGAUUUAUUAAAUAAACUGAUUGAUUCUAUUUCUUUAGAAAAUAGGAGAUUUUUCAUUGUAGAACCAAAAAUUUAA